AAAAUCCAAAAUCACGACCACCAAAUCAUUCCGCGUCUCUCUGAACACUUCAGUAAAGAAUCGCCUAUCAGUAGGAGAUUUUGUACCGGAAAGGGGGCCUGUUUUCAAUUACUGCCCCGCCUGAUACAAAUUUAGAAGCUUGCGCUGGCUGGCGAGCACUUUAUUUUUGGGCUGCCGAGCCAACGCAUGCGUACCCAGUAGAACACGACUUCAGGAUGCCGUUUCAACAUGGCAGACAUUGCAAUACUCGAAGGUUUCCUCAAGCACAGAGAUGGAAGAAAGUGGAAACAGCGAUGGUGUGUUCUGAAGAGGUCGUCUCCCAUUGCAGACCGCCUGUCUAUGACCCUGUACAAGGACCGAGCAGAUAAGAACAAAGAUGGGAGGGAAAAAGCCACCCAUUCCUUGGAGGACUUCUGUGGCAUCGAGUCAGGCCUGGUUGUGGACGGAGUCAGUCAUGUCAUGGCCAUUGUCUGUCAGCAGCGGGUCUUGCUGCUGGCCUUCGAGAGCAGAGAGAAGAUGCUGGUUUGGGAACUCAAGAUUCGCUCCACUAUAGGAGAAGCCUGGCGCUUCCCAGUGGUCAUCCCCUCUGGUAGUAAGUUCCCCACCGGCCCAGCCAUGCUCCACUUCUACUCCAACUACUUCUGCCUCACACACGGCGUCCCGCCCAAGCUGCUGUGGUGCUGGCAGUUACAGGGGAUACGGCGGUACGGCGCCAUUGCAGGCGGCUUCAGUUUUGAGGCAGGCUCCAAGUGUGGGAAAGGGUCAGGACUGUUCUAUAUCCACACUGAAGAGGCAGACAGCCUACAGAUGCUGUUCAACUGUGUGGCCAGUGGGGUCCCCCCUCCCCGUAUGGACCUGCGGGGUUCUCUCUCACACCAUCCCAGCACAGGGGUGUCGCCACGGGUUACCGUAUCUCCCGCCCACCACAGGUGGCUCACUGGUCACCAAGAGUCAGUUGCGUCAGAAGGCAUCUACACCAGAUACCUGGGAUGUUCCGAAGACUCUCUCAGUCUGUCCUCGGCCUCCAGUGGUGCCUCCUACGGCCACGCCACAGAACUCACCUCAGAGAGCUCCAGCCCAGUCCUCAGAAGAAAUUUCAGUCGGAAGUCGUAUGAGCACCUGAACCAGGACAGCAACAGAAGCAGCAGCAGCAGUCCCAAGCACCUGUACGACACGCCGAACAAGGCGAAAGAACUGUACGACACCCCGCGUAUGCACCACGCGGAGAUCGGUAUCGUCAGACCGAUGUCACAGAGCCAGGAUAUGGACCAGCCUUUCGCGAUGUCAUCAGAGGAGGACCUUCCACUCAAGGUGGACAGUAGGUCCCAGUCUGUGGGAGCGGUCAACUAUGACGUGCCAAAGAACCUGACCAAACUGGCAGAAAAGAUCCCAGCCGUGCCAAGCCAAGGCCAGGAUGACCACAGUCACAGAAGGGACACCAUCUCCUCUUCAGACUACAUGGAGCUCGGCAGUGAUGGAGCCUCCUCACUUAGUGACAUGAAGAGCCUGACAGACUCAGCCAUUGACACUGCCAGCUUCUCUACAGACCAGGAUAAACGCAAGUCUCCGGACCCAGACACUGCAGAUGAAGUGUUUGAAUGCUCGGAUGGAACCCUGAAGAAAGACAACAGUGAUGGCGAGGAAGAUACCUCUGAAUGUGGGGACAUGGAUGAGGAUCUAGACAAGCUGAAGCAGGGAGACGAGAAAGACCAGAGGAUAACCUCACCUGCGUCUCCCGUCCCGUCCUCAGAAUCGGGCCGGGGCAGCCAGUAUGAGAUGAUGACUCCUCCUGGGUCCGUUACCGGCGACAGUGCCAUUAUGGAGGAGGAGGGGAUGAUCGGUACUUACGGCACCAUGGCAGAGAACCAGGGCCAUGCCAGACAACACAGUCUGAAGGCGUAUCUGCAGAUGAAGCCCAUGCGCUCACACAGCAUCGGUGGUGCGGUUGGCAGGAAGGACGGUCCUGAGCAGUGGUAUCAGGUUCCUCGUGAACUGUGCUCGCCCACGGUUGGCAGGAGAGGUCAGGGCAGGCCCCUGUCGAGGGCAAGCUCCGACGAGACGUCCAGUAGCAGCAGCCCCAAAUCCGUCCCCAGGGAGGGCCUGGUCCAGGAACCGCUGUACCAAGUUCCGAGAAAACUCUGCAGUAUGGGCCAGGAGGAGGCCACUGGGGAAGACAUCUAUGACAAUGUUGCGAUGAAGAGGUGGCAGCUUCUUAAGGAGAAGGUCCUCAAAGAGCAAGAAGCAGAAAAAGAAGCAGAAGAAAGUGCCCAACGUGCAACACAGAGUCAUGGAGGUCCAGUAUCCUCGUAUGAAGACAUGCAGCCGGCAAUGGAAAAAGAGGCAGCAGUGCAGGAAAGACCCAAAGGAGCAGAAGGGGUACAUGUAGCGGAGUCCUAUGAAGCCAUGGAGCCAAGAAACAUCAGCAAGAAUGUGCCUGUAAUGAAAGAAAGUUACGAGAGCAUGGUACCAGGACUUAAACAGCAACCAGCAAAGGGGGUGGAGGAGGAAGAGGGACCACAAUAUGAGAACCUGCCAUUCUGGCAACAACAGAAGCAACAGCAGCUUGCUAUGGAAGCAGCUCAAGGUCAAGCUGAGAAAUCCCCCAUCAACUAUGAGAUGAUGGAUGUCCAGUUUGAUGAGAUGCCCAUGGCAGACACAUAUGGUGCUAUUCUUGGCAAGACUCCUGUAGUUGAAGAGACCUAUCAGGUUUGCCCUAAAGGUUCUCUUGGUGGGAUGUCAUAUGAAGACAUGCAGCCAUCCAUCUUGAAGAAAGAUCCCUUCUGCCUUCUUAAUCCAACUCCAUCAUCAACAGGAGAUUCCUCAAAAGAAUUCUUCACAUUACCUGGAAGAAAAGUUUCACAUGAUUCUCAUGAGUCCACUGACAAGUUCAAAACCCUGAAGACUUUCAAAGGGGUCCCAUCUCCGUCUUUGAAGAGGAAAGUCCUGCCGAAAGAGCUGCAGGGUGAAUAUGAAAAUGUUGCCGGACUUAUUCGUGGAACGCAGGGUCUGAAUAUCCAAGGUAAGGGCAAUGGGUAUGAGGUGAUGGAAGUUUCCAAUAAAGGAAAAACAGAGAUGCCAAGCUCAGAUAUUUCUGCUGAAAUCUACCAAAAUCUGCCGUCACUCACCACUUAUAAAGAGGGUCAGAAGUCCACUUUGAAGGACAUCCCGGCAAAAGAGCAGUAUGAACUUAUGGCAACUCUGAAAGAAAUGGAAGACUACGAAAAAAGUCAUAACUCAAAGGGACAGAAGUCAACUGGAGGUGGCGUGAAUAACUCGAAAAAAAGAGGAGCCUACAUGGACAUGGCCCAGAAAGUUCAAAAGUCUUCUGGUAAACCACGUCUGCAGCAGCUACAGGGCGACUUGGAUGACAUCUUGUCAGGGGAAACAGAAACAGAUCCAACCUCCCCCAAGUUGACAAGAGCGUCAAGUGCUCCAACGAAACGCAUCUCUGUCAAAGAUGCUGCACAGAUGUAUGAAGUGAUGACGCCCAAUCAGAGUGCUGAGGCUAGUCAGUAUCGCGAGCGUUGCCAUACUGACCCAGCUAGUCCAAAGCCGAGGAGCUUGAAAGGGACUGACAGUAGUUUCAAUUACGAGGUGAUGAACCCAGAGGUGACCCAUGCAGGCGAUGUUCUACAGAGGCGCCACACUGACCCUCCUUCUGGCACACCAGAAAAAUGCACCAAAGAAGACGUUUCACAAUUUCCGCUUAAGGGUAGUGGAAAAAAGAAGAAACACGAAAGUUCAGCCUGCACGAUAGAACGUCCAAGACACGGAAAGUCAUACGGCAAGGUGAACAGGGGUAAGAUUCUGAAAGGCGGCAUAUCAGAGUCAGAAAGUGAGUCGUCGGGCAGUCAAGCAAGCAUCAAUACACAAAAUACAGAGUCAGGCACGAUGAGUCCUCCUACCUCACCCUCUCACAACCCAACUGCUGCCCAGAGGUUGGACAUUGCCAGAAGCAUGGCAGGAAGCUCGGGUGCCAUGCACAGUUACAUGAACAUACCGCCUGUCUCAGAGACCGAACCUACGUACAUGAACCUGCCCUCAUCCCACCAGCACAGUGCGAUCGUGCCAGAGGCAAACUACAUGAACAUCCCCAAGUCCACAGAACACAUCAGAAAGCAGCUGAACUACCUGUCACUCGACGUCUACAGCAUGGGCGGGGGGUGGCGCCCGGGGAGAGGGACCCAACCGCGUACGCUGAGAUCGACGUCACGGCCACACAGUCUGCCCAUAAGGCUGGACUACAGCAUGCUUUUCACUCCAGAAAAGAACUGCUCAAAGAUAACAGUGACAUCUGAUAAAUCUACGAACAGAUUUGAGCUGUUGAUUGAUGGACAAAGCACCUCUGUUUUGCAUGGUAUUCAUGUCAUGAUGAGGUGAACGUAAGUUGUUGUCAAUUCUCUUAUUGGACCACAUACUGCUUGCUCUGCAAAUUCUUGUGAGGCUUUGCUUUGGGUGAAACAUCUGGUUGUAGCUGAAAUUCCAGUACCCACAUUCUGCUCAAAAUGCCCUCUCUUUACAGAUCGAUUGAAACGUGAAGGUAACAGUUGAAAAUUGAUUUCAAAACCUCCACAACAAAGCUUUGUUUUCUGACAAUCUGGAAUGAAGGCUUUUGACCUAAUGCUGCAGGCCUCUGUUGGAAUUUUAAAACUUCAAUCAGUCGAGCACUAGGUGGAAGUUUUGAGUUAAGAGAGUGUAUGUCAGGGGUCCUCAGCAGCUAUGGGGCGUCAUUUGAUUGUAUAUUGGAGCAGGCCUCCAUUUGCUAAGGACCCACAGGCUGGCCAUUGCUGUCACGUCUGGUGUGCCUGAAGUUUCCUGCCUGUCUGGUACGUACGGGUUGAUCUGAAGCUUUACAACAAAAUUUCUAUUUUGCGGCUUUGAGAGCCAAAGUUAGUAGGCUGUACAUUACAGUGUGGAGUGGGGUGGUAGAUUGUGACUAGUAGAGACCUUGAUGUUAAUAAUUCUCUGACAUGCAAUCAUGCCUGUAUAUAGUGUCAAUGUUGGGUAACUGUUUUCUGUGGUUUUUGAAACUUGAGUUUCUGAAUGCCAGCACACUUGGCCUUUACAGCAGGUGCAUGUGCCUUUUUAGAUGUGUUUUGGCUUCUGUAUACCAUUCUUAGGCAUUGUUGUAUUGUACAUUUGUAGGACAACAUUGUGAUCAUUUGUAUGUACAUGUAUAUGUGUAUGUAUGUAUUGUAUACAUUAAGUUAAGGAUGGUUCUUUAUCACAUCUGUCAUUCUCAGGACCUUGAUUCAACAUACCAGCUUUGUCUGCUUGUAGUCUGGCUUAGAAGACAUUCCGUUCAGAUCAGAAAACCCAUGCUUAUAAGUUGAGUCCUCUUUGAUUGGCAUUGUUUUCACAGCCUGCUGUGUUAAGAAAAUUUGCAAAAACCUACUCGGUAGACUUGUGUGCAAAAUCAUGCACAACAAUUCAAUGAUCUACUUAUUAUCAUGAAAGAUUCAAUAAGAACUUGUCAUUGACUGUUUCACAGCAAUUUUGAAAGUUCUUGGUGUAAAAGUGAUAUUAAUCAAUUAAUAUAUUGCAAUUGAAAUGGUAAUAAGAAGGAAUGCAAGAAGCAACUACCUUGUGCAGUUGCAUAAAUCUUGCUAACCGUAAUUACAAGGCUGAAUGGGGAACGUAACCUGGGCCUGAUGCCACUUCAUGUAAGUCUCCAUAGUCUAAGAACAGACUGAUGGAGUGGACAAAAGUUAGCACAAAGUGUCCCAAGCUACAAUGUAAUAAGGGAUGUACAUGUGCAUCAUUUUCUCCUAUGGUCCAUCCUGAGGUUGGCAAAACAUUGUUUGCAGAUAUUGGAGUUAAAAACUCUCCUAUGUUGGCCAUUUCGGUCAGGAUCUUGUUUGAUGAUUCUGAAAUAUCCAUUAGUGGAAACACCUUUUGGUAGUUCUAGUGUUGCAACAGUUACUGUAAACAGUAACAGUUUCCCCUUAACAUGGCCACUACUCACAGCACAACACUGCCAGAAGUUGAGAUGACCACAGUGGACAUAUCCCCUUAUUAGAUGCCACCGUAACAUAACAGUUACCUUGUAGGUCAUAGGAUUGAAUGGGUCCUUAAUGGAAGGGUGGCCAUGUUUUGGGUUAGUACAUGUUACAUGUUGUAGAAAUACUUGUUGCAGUACCACAGUCUGCCAUGUGGUGUCCCUUUUGAACUGUGUUGUGGCAUGUAUGAUUGAUUUCUUCAAUGGAAGCCAUUAGAAAAUUAGUUUGGUAAAAUAAAUCUACAAAACAUUUCAAUAAUAAAUACAAGAAAGAAAGAAACAGUCAAGUCAACAUAGCUGGUUACCAUUUACAUUUGUCAAAUAUUUGAAGUGCAAUCAUGCUUUGACUGUCAAAUGUCAAAAAAGAUGAAGAAAAUUUAGAACCAGUGCUACACAGUGAUAAUGCCAGCAGCCAGAAUGAUAGAGUGGCUAUGACGGCCUAUGGUGAACUGUUGUCCCCUUCAUGCAGUAUCUUUUGCACACACUUAGAAUUAUGUCUUGAAAAACUACUUGAUGUUAAUGUGCAAAAUGAUGUAUCAUGUAACUUCUACUUCAACUUAGCUGUGAUCUUAAUGAUCUGCAAUUUCAGUCCAGAUGGGGACAUAUUUUUUGUAAGGACAGAUUACUUCACUCAUCGAAAGAGUUGGUGACAGAAUUUAACUUUGAUAAAGGGAACAAAUUGCAAAAGAGAUGUUGAGAGAGCGAUAUGAAUAUUUUAAGUAUUGAUAAGCCAAUAUACAUUGUAAGAGAAUUAUAUGACAACUUUGAACUGAUGCAAAUCUGAUCGUUGUUCAGACACUGCAUUUGGUACAAUUUGUUUUUAUUUAUUCAUUGAUCUGAUGGAAUGACAAAAUACAACUAAGAUACUGUACAACUUUUGGCCAGGAUUACAAAUGGUACACAGAGAUUAGGGUAGAAUUUUUUUCUGAUGGAAACAUGAAGCGUAUUGAUUGGUUUAACCACAAUAUGGGCCUGCUUGGGGAGAGUUAGUUUGCAAAGAAUGUUUUUCGCAUCUGUUUAAACAUCUCACAAAAUUCUUGUACAUGGUGUAGAACCUUUUGAUCACCUCCUCUUCAGUAUUUCUACUGGGUGCUGACAGCCUGUUGGCAGAAGGUACUCUGCCUGCACAAAAUCUGGAACAUAACAUGCAUCGCACUUCUACAGAACAUAUUUUUUUAAGGUCGUGUUCAUGUACUUGAGGAUGACAUCCUGUUUGUAGUUUUGAAAUGUUGUGUCAGAAAUACAAAAUACUGAUGCAAUACGUUCUGCCAACAUGUUUGAUGCUGCGCUAACAUCCCCACUGGAUAGAAAUGUACCCUUCCUUCUUGUCAGGAUUAUACAGAAUGCAGCAGAGAUCACAGGUGAUGAUACCACCAAGGUCACCUCACAAAGUUCUGUUCAACUGUUUCUUUUCUUUCACCCCAACUAGGUGAUUCAUUCUACUGGGAAAUUGCUUUCUAGAUCUAUUGUCACCCCUUUUGUUCACUAUUCUCUUAUAAGCUGAUAAAAUAACUUUAAAUUUAUUCAUGAAUAAUCUACACACAGAAAUUCUUCAUAAAUAGCAAUCAAGUGCCUUGAGCUGACAUUGACCAUGAGGACUGGUUGCCAUGGUAAUGUAAGCAACUUGAAAAGACUCACACAUGAUACUAUUGAAGAUUUGAUUCAAACUUUGUACAUAAGUGAUUGUGUUAAAUAUAAUGAAAAUAUACUAUUUAUUUUGAAAGAAAUUGUUACACUUUGUAUAUGGCAAGAUCUUUUUUCACGGUGCCUUGAUGGAGAAGACGACACCUUUUGUGUCUUGAAGUAAAGAAGGCUGGGAAGGAUAGUAUAACACAGGAGUGACAGCCUUAAGUUUUAAGAUGAGAGCAAUCUUUAUGAAUAUGAAGCAUGGUAUAAGCUUUUAUGGUUAUUGGCAGUGUUAGUAUGUAUUAGUCAUGUACAUGUUCAGUGGAGCAAAGUGAAGUAUUUUGAGUAUUAUGGUUGCAAUAAUGUACACACUAUCAAGUGGCAGAAAGGUGUUUGGAAGGUUCGUGUUGAAUUUUAUGUUGCAAAGUAAUUUUAAUGUUUUAAUAAAGGUUGUUUUCCUUCGAAGUUGGAUGCUGUGUGUGUCUUCCCAUGUGUCUAAAGAAACAAUGGUUAUUGUCAUAAUUCUUGUACAGGUUUGAAAUGAGAUGAUUUUAGUGCUCCCUAGACACAUAGAAGGAUGCCAAAUCAUUACAUGUAAUACCGUUAUGUUUGUUUUAAAGACACAACUGGAGACGUCAAAUUUGUUACAUUUCAUUGUUUUCUGGCAUGACAUGCUUGCAGUAAAAAAGUACAGUACUAGUAGAAAAAAACUCAUUACCUAUAAUUUGACUUUAUCAUAUUUUCUUUCUUCAGAUAGGAACAAAAGUACAUGCAAUUGCAAUUUACAGCAUUUUGGACGUUCAAAAAGGGACAACUUUUGAUUAAUGUGACAAAAAUAUUUAAAGUUAAAGAAGUUGUAAGUACAAGUACAACAACGCUCAUUAAGAAUUCUAACACAAAGUCAUCUUCAAAAUUGCUACAAUUAUCUUAUAAUAUAAUAUAUACAUAUGCUUCUAGACCCUUAAAUAUAACAUUGUUUCAUGUCCCAUAUCUUAUUGUAUUAACAUAUGUUCUAGCCUUACAGGUCUUUCAGCUUUGGCAUUUUUUGAUUGAUAUCCAAGUAUAUGUACAUGCCAGUGCACUUUGAUAUGCCGUACUCCCAAAUGAGCCUGACAGAAGAUACCAUGAGACUGAACUACUAGUAACCUGAUGUUCUGGUUAUGUAAUUUAAAUUCCCAUGGACACUAGUACUGUAUAUCCUAAUGGAUCUCAUAGAGCAAAGCAGUAAUUUCUAUCUUCACAUUCUCUACUAUAGUUUCAUCAACAGUCAUUAAGCUGAAAUACAAGUCGGACAAAAAGGAAGAGACAGGCCAGCUAUACUUGACUACAUUCAGAACUGUGUUAAAGCUAAAGGAAGCUGGAACAUUGGAAUUUCUAGAGGUAGUUUCUGUUUUUAUACUUCCUUUUAGAAAAUUAGGUCUACUAUAUGCAAUACUCUUUGGAACAGUUUAACAUGGGAUAGAUUUACAUUGGCAUAUCAAAUUAUAUCGUACAGUACACUGUAUUCUGUCCAUUUUUGCUGGUUACUCUAAACAAUUUGUACGUGACAACAUUAGAAAAUCAGGAACGAUUGAUGUAUGAUACAAAUUUAAACAACAAAAAAGUUUGAAGAAACAAGUAAAUAAGAGGCCAGAGCCUUGAAUGGUUAAGCAACUGUUUUGGAAGAAAGACAGAA